GUGUUUAUUUAUCUGUUUUACCCCCACGUGGGUUUUUGUGUUUAAAUAAAUCUCCAGUUUUGUAUUUCAGUUGUGUCUGCGUUUGUAUGGAGUGAGAUAUGUUUCUUUAUUACAUGCAAUAAAUUAAAUGAUCUGAGAGGCGAAAAAAAGGUUGAGAGAAAAAAUUAUCAGACUGAUAGCAAAAAAGCAUUUUAUGAGAGAAAAAAAAAUAUUUGAGAGAAAAAGUUUUCAUACCAAUAGCAAACAAUAAUAAUAUUUGACACUAAAAAAAAGUUUUGAGAGAAAGUAUUUUUUCAUGAUAGAACAUAAAAAAUAUAAAUUUAAAAUGAUUUCUGAGAAAAAAAUCUCUCAAAAUACUUUUAAAAAACUCUCAAAUAUAUAUUUUUUGCUUUCAGUGUGAAAACAUUUUCUCUAAAAAAAAAAGUGUUUCUCUCAAAACGCUUUUAUUUGCUCUCGCUGCAAUUUCUUGCUCUCGUGUCAGGAUUUUGCUUUCCCUGUGAAAAUUGUGUCAUGGGCGGGGCCACGUUCCUAUUGGCCAGUCGGGUGAGCAUCGUCUUAUUUUGGGAAUCGAACCGAACCGAAUCAUUACACCAUUGUUCAUUGUUCAUGGUUCAGAUAGAUGCCCCGCCUCUGCCUUUAGUUAAGCACGGACACUCCAAUGUUCGGGUAAGAUGAUGACACACACAAAUCGGUGGUAGCUGUCUGAGCAAGUUCAGCAUCACUGAAGGUUAAACAUUAAAAAAUAGCACUCAUAUUCAUUCAUUAAUUAAUGUAUAUUAUAUUAUUAGCUUGCUAAUCGCUAAUAAAGCUAAUCGCUAAUUAGCCAUUAUGCUAGGUAAACUUGCAAACUCACCUGGUUUUAUCUUGUUUUUUAUCAAAUGCCAAAUGAAUGUUUUGAUUUAGAUAGUUUCACUCCUUGUUUAGUGAGUAGUGAGCUAGUUUCUACCUUUGCACUUGCUAGCCUCAAAGCACCUGAAGAGUAACUGCUUGUUCAUCUCAUACAACCUGUACAAUGCAUGGAGGAAGGUGGCAACCCUAUAAGCUACCUAACCUUAGACAGUGAUUGAUAUACUGUUUGAACGUGUCCCACCUAGUUUUGUUUAAAAUAGUCUUUGUAUGGUUGUUCCCUUAGAAAAUUGACCAUGGUUUUAUUGUGGUAAAAGUUUAUUGUGUACUACACGUUUACCUACACUGCAUGUGUAGCUUGCAAACUCAGGUACACAGCGCUUAUUCUAAAUAUUUUUUUCCAUCUAGCCGAGGUCUGGAACUGACAAGCAUGGAAAACCGACCACUGUCAAAUACAGCUGAGGCACAGGAGAGGGCACGGCAGCUACUUGCCCUGAUUUCAUCAGUAAUUCCUCCACAAGAACAGCGACAGGGCAGCCAGUGUGAAAUGGCCAAUUCCUCCAGGCCCACAGGAAGUCAGAUUGAGCGCAGCUCCGUCCAGUGUGAAAUGGCCAGGUCCUUCCCUGGAUUUUUCCGUAAUGGUAGAAAACGGCCAUCAACCAGUGUAUCAAGCCGCUUCGCGUCAAUUAGUAACAAAAAAUGGAAACCUUUUGAUUUGAGUAUUUUUCUACUUUCGUCCAAUGACGAACUGACUCCACUUCCAUCAGAUGAACUGGCCUUCAUGCAGGCUGGAUUGGGAAAGAGGACGGUUUCUCUUGACAGUGAUCUAACACAUGUAGAGUUGUCAAGGCUAUUGCAGGCCACCUACCCAAAAAUGGUGGAGCUGCAGGAUCGGUGGCUGCUUUACAAAGCAGGAGGUGGAAAUGGGAGGAGAAAAAUGUCCGCAAUCCCCUUGGAGGCUGAGGGCUACACUGGUGCUAUGCUCCGGAAAGUUUCGGGUGGUGGGAAAAGCACUCUUUACAUAGUGCCUCUUCAGGAUGAGUUGGACCUCUCACCACUCCCAGCAAACGCACCAGAGUUUGCUUUGAUGCCCAAGGCCAGCUGCAAGCACUGUUUUGCAGAGAUGCCUCUUCAGAUGUUGGCUCUACAUGACCGUAAAUGUGCUAGCCACACCAGCUCAGACGUGGAGAAGAUCUCUGAUGACGACGACGAUGUCCAACUUCCUGAAGUUUUGCAAACUCCAGUGCCAGUGCAGAUGAACGAAGAGGACCACUGCCCUCAGCAGAAAGAGGAUGUCCAGUGUCCUAUAUGUGGCAUAUUAUUCCCCGUCCUGCUUAUCGAGGCACAUGCUAGCCAUUGUGGCCAAAGAACUGAGGACACAACCUCACCUGAGAGGGAACUCCAUUCUGAGACAGACGAUAUCUCAUGUGAGGAAGAUGUGAUCAGGUGGCUCAAAUCAAAAGUGGAUACCAGCAAGACCUUUGAGCUCUGUGUGUCUCGAGAUAAUAUGCUUGAAAGAGGUCUGAAGUUAUGGAAGCGCAACAAAAAGGCUACACCAAUUAAUCCCUUGCGGAUCAAAUUCAUUGGAGAGGUGGGGAUUGAUACAGGGGCCCUUAGAAAAGAGUUUCUGACCACAAUGGUAUCUGGGAUAGAGCAACGCCUUUUUGAAGGUGGGGAGUCCAAAAUGCCCAAAUAUUCUGUGAAUGACUUUGAUGAAGAGCUCUUCAGGAUUGCGGGUGAAAUCUUUGCUACCAGCAUUGCCCAAGGUGGACCUGCACCACGUUUCCUCCAGCAGUGGUGCUACAACUUUCUAGUAUCUGGCAAGCUCUCAUUGGAUCAAGUCCUUGACCCAAACUUAUCACCGCUUAUAACAAAAGUUUCAGAGGCAUCCGAUAUGACUGACUACAUUGAAGACAUUAUGGAUUGUGGCUAUACUGGCAAGAUCGACAUGGAACACAAAGAGAACAUUCUAAGAGCAAUCGUCCUGCAUGUCAUGACGAAAAGAAUGCCCAUGCUUCAGCAACUCCGUGAGGGCUUGGACAUCUACAGCUUCUCCCAAGUGAUGCAGGCAAAGAUGGAAGAGUGCCGCAGUCUGUUAGUGUCCGGAGACAACGAGUCGUUGCUGAAGCAGAUGCCAUGUCUGAAGACACCACAACUGUACCCUCAGUGAUGCAGUGGAUUACGGGUCAAGCCCACAGACAUCUUCUUCUUUCUGAUCGCCAGAACUUCAAGAUCACAGUGAAGUUUAACCAUGACUGUCACAAGAUGCCCAACCACACAAUAUGCUACCCAACAGUCAGCGCUUGCACAGACACCAUAACAUUCCCUGUUGCACACAUGUCAGACUAUGAGUCUUUCAAAAACGUCAUGACAACAGCCAUUAAAUAUGGUGCAGGAUUUGAUAGAGCGUGAUGCAUUGUGUGUUCAUGUAUGUAAGCUCACAUGUUAUAUCCUCGAAUAUGUCCAGAUUUCACAGGGGAGUUGUGAACUUGCAUAGCAUGGUCUUUACAUACUGUUCAGGGCACAUACUGUUCAUUUCUGAGAGUUAAUCUAUUGUGUUUUUAGUUGUCAUGACACCCACGUUGCUUUUUUAAACUUUCAUUCACCAAUGUUAAAGGGAAAUUCCGCCUUGAAAUGAUCCUAGGGUUAAUAACAAACGUGUACCGAGUUCGACCGUUCACUGGAGUUUGUUUUCAUGCUAGUCUAACGUGACCAGUGUUAUUGCUAAACGCAAAUUAGCAUGUUAUGGUAGCCUUCGGGGCAUCAGUGCAUUAAAAACGAAAUCGCUAUGUCUAUACUACUAAUAAUGCUC